CUGGACCAAUGCUGUUUGUUUGUUUGUUCUCAGAUCCUCUGGGAUGGACGGACUCUUCCUAAGCAACUUAGCUAAUCUGCAGCAGCUGGACAAUGUUCCUCAUUAACUUCUGUCUAUCAGCAUAAACAUCACAUCGUUUCACUCUGGUGGCAGGGACUCAGCCCUGAAAUCUAUAUAGAAAAAGUACCUGGAUCCAGUCUUUCAAUGGCUUCGAGACAAUCAGAAGUGCCUGCUCUUGAGCCUAGUGGGCCUCUGGGCAAGAUGUCCCUGCCCAUCGGGAUGUACCGCCGGGCAUUCAGCUAUGAUGAUGCCCUGGAGGACCCUACGCCCAUGACUCCUCCUCCAUCGGACAUGGGCAGCAUCCCCUGGAAGCCAGUGAUUCCAGAUCGCAAGUAUCAGCACCUCGCCAAGGUGGAGGAAGGAGAGGCCAGCAUCUCCUCCCCUGCCAUGACCCUGUCAUCGGCCAUUGACAAUAUGGACAAGGUCCCUGUGGUGAAGGCUAAAGCCACCCGUGUCAUCAUGAGUUCUCUGAUCACAAAACAGACCCAGGAGAGCAUUCAGCGUUUUGAGCAGCAGGCAGGGCUGAGAGAUGCUGGCUACACACCUCACAAGGGCCUGACCACCGAGGAGACCAAGUACCUUCGCGUGGCAGAAGCACUCCACACACUAAAACUACAGAGUGGAGAGGUAACGAGGGAAGAGAAGCAGCCGCCUUCGUCCCAGUCGACCCCCAGCAGUACCCCCCACUCUUCCCCGAAGCAGAAACCUAGAGGCUGGUUCUCUUCAGGCUCUUCCACAGCCUUACCUGGCCCAAAUCUUAGCACCAUGGAUUCUGGAAGUGGGGAUAAAGACAGGAACUCAGCAGAUAAAUGGAUCCUCUUUGGACCAAGAUCCCUCCUGAAGUCAGAUUCAGGAGGCUUUGCCACCCAACCCUACAGAGGAGCCCAGAAGCCAUCGCCAAUGGAGCUGAUCCGCAUGCAGGCCACCCGAAUGGCCGAAGACCCAGCAACCUUCAAGCCGCCCAAGAUGGACAUCCCAGUGAUGGAAGGGAAGAAACAACCGUCACGGACCCAUAAUCUCAAACCCCGUGACUUGAAUGUGCUCACACCCACUGGGUUCUAGAGCUUUCUCUUCUAGUGACUGUGAAUAGCGGGUGUCUUGCACCCACUUACUAUUACCCUGGCUCUGACAUAGGAAAGGUUUGGGGUUUUUUUACCUCUUAAACUGAGGCUAGAACUGGGAACAUAAUUGGUUUCCGAGGACCAUUAGUGCAGAGCUUAUCCCUGCAAAGAAGCCAGCGGGUAGCGCUUUAACUGAGACGUAGACUGAGUCACCUCAGCAGUGGGGGGGACGCUCAGCACCUAUUUUUGCAUCAUUUAGUCUCGACAAGAACUUGAUCAUUGCUUGCAAGGUAGAUAAUGUUUGUGCUCCCAAACCAAGGCUUCUUGAUUCCUUGACCAUGGUCAGCAUGAGCAUGGACCAGUCGGGGUGUAGAGGCGCUCACUGGCUGGUCCGGCCCUCUGACAGCUGGUGCCGUGUGUGCUCC